AAAAACCUGCACAACGCACUUUCACUUUCAUCUUCUUAACGCAGCCGGCAGCCACGCACACAGUCCCUCCGGCCGCAACGUCCAGCCUGCCGUCCCGGACUAGUGACAGGGAAAAGUGCGUUUCACCAAGUACCGCUACAAAAGCACCACGGUAAUUGCGAAAGGUGGUGAGAUCUGGAUGGACAAGGUAGUGGAGGCAGUGGAGAAGGUGAAGAAGGACUGGGACGAAGCGUAUAGUCGGACCCAAGAGCAUAUUAAGGCGAUCGAAGAGUACGGGAAAUCCAGGGAGGAGAGGAAUUCACUGCCGAGAUUGAACGGGCUCGCGCAGGACGGCUUGGCUUUUCUCUCUGCGCUCCAAUUCAAUCUCGAUCUUCUUGCGCCACAGUUGCCCUCCGAUCAUGAAGUCCAAUCAGCAACGGCUUUGCUCCACUCUUGGAAGAACCAAUCCCAUAAUUUGCGAUUGAGUCUGAGGAAUGCCAAUUUGCAGGCAAAGGCUAACAUGAGGAAAGCUGCUCAAGAAGAGAGAGAACUACUUUUGGGUGGAGGUGAAGAGUCCACAAUUCGCAGGCGCAACUUGCAGACAAAAGCUGGAAUGACAUCUGCUGCUGAAAGCAUCACUGACAGCCUUCGCCGUACUCGCCAAUUGAUGGUUCAGGAGGUGGAAAGAAGUGCUGGCACACUUGUGGCUGUCGAGGAAUCAACAGGAGUGUUAAAGAAGUCUGAAAGUGAAUAUAAAGGGCACCGCUCAUUGUUGAUGCGAACCCGAAACCUACUCUCCACAAUGAAACGUCAAGAUGUCUUGGACAAGUUGAUACUUGCAGUUGGAGUAUUCUUGUUCUCAUGUGCUGUUCUUUAUGUUGUCUCAAAGCGCAUUGGAAUACUGAAGUUGCAGAGAACGGUUACUGCCGCCAUAAAGGCUGGUUUGGUGGGACAAGCAGAGAUCGGACGCAGGCCUGUUGCAGAUGGUGUAAAUCUUGGCCAGGUCCAUGAAGAUGCAGUUCAUAAGGUGGAUGUUCCUUUUGAAAGACCUAUGCGUGAUGAACUCUAAAGUUCUUUUCUUGACCCCGUGUCUGUCAUGGCUCUUAAGCUAUAUAUGUCAAUGUCAUGCAAUAUCAUAUAAUCAAUUUUUUUCUUCA